AUGGCUCAUAUUGGUUUAUAUGAAUCUAAAAGUGUUGGAUUAUAUUGCGUAGCAUACCAAGUAACCACUUCUGUAAACGAAUAUGUUGGCAAGAGCGAUGAGUGUCAGGUCAAGUAUUUUCAUCCGUACAUAAUCUCCCAUGCCCUUAGGAUGCAAGUAUUCCAAUCGCUGGCGCUAAAUAUGCUGAAUACCGAGACAGAGAUAUGCGAUAGCAGCACGAACGAGAAAUACUUGUACAGGCUCACCGGCAAGCACGGCGAGGGAGUACGGAAGCUGCAUAGCAUGAACCAGAGCAGAAUCUUGAGGGAAGUUCAAGACGAUCUGGAUCGUUAUACUCUCGCUAAGAGUCGCGUAGCAGAGUGCAUCAACUGA